GACAGUAUUUAGGGUACAGUUCUGAAUAUGAUAAUAUCUCUGUGCCCCAAGGUAUUAGGUAACAGCUUGCUGAAGUUUUAUUACCGAAGAUCAUACAAUUGAUAUGGAAAUGGGAAGAGAACAGGCUCGAUUUGAAGAUAUCAGGCAGUUCUUAUUCAGCCUUUUCUUCAAGCAGUUGCUUUAACAACUCCUUUUCUCUCUCAGUCCUUCAUGGUGAGCGAGAGCAAGACCCUGCUGAAGGAGACCCUCAUGCCAGUGUACGUGGCGCCUGAGGAUGAGCAGCUGCUUUACAUGUAUGAGGAGGUCAAGCAGGCCGCAGCUACCCGAACCUCAUCUAUAUUUAUCCGAGUCCUUCGAAGUAUGAUCACAGCUACAGCCUUUCAGAUCUUAGUAAGCAACAACGCCCCCAUCAAGGCUAUCACUGACAACUCUAUAAUCACACUGGAGGGAGUGCUUCCAGGAACAGGAGAAGAUGUACCCACUAUUGUCAUCACUGCCCACUAUGAUUCAUAUGGGCUAGCCCCGUGGUUGUCUUAUGGAGCAGACUCUAAUGGCAGUGGGGUCACCAUCCUGCUGGAACUAGCACGACUCUUCCAGAAGCUUUAUAGCAGUUCAAGCACCAGACCACCAUAUCAUUUAAUGUUCUCCUUGACUGGAGGAGGAAAAUACAACUUCCUUGGCACAAAGAGAUGGAUUGAAGAGAAUCUGGACCACGCAGAGUCCAGCCUGCUCCAUGACAAUGUGGCAUUUGUUCUGUGUUUGGAUACACUGGCCAGCGGCGAUGAACUGCACAUGCACGUGUCCCGCCCUCCUAAACCUGAAAGUCCCAUGCACACUUUCAUUCAUCACUUGGAGGAGGUAGUUUCCUCCAGAUUUCCCUGGGUGAAGGUGGGUUUGGUCCAUAAGAAGAUCAAUCUUGUGGAGUCCACAGUAGCCUGGGAGCAUGAGCGCUACAGUCUGCGCAGGAUCCCUGGUUUCACUCUGUCUCAUCUGGAGGACCCCAAAUCUGAGCUGCGUGGCUCCAUACUAGAUACAAUGUCACAAGUGGAUUUCAGGAAAAUGAAGCGUAAUGGCAUCAUCAUAGCAGAAGCACUGGCACAGUACAUGUACAAUCUCUCUGACAAGGGUUCACCCAAAGAUGUGCAGGUUUUUAGGGGCCAAAUGGAGUUUCAGGACAGUCGCAUGUCCAGUCUGAUGUCCUUCCUGACGUCAGUCCCCCGGGCAACCCAGCUGUUGGAUAAGGAGCCCAGUCACAUCCUGAUGGUCAACUCGCUGGAGCAUGAAUUUAAACGCUACUUACAGCAAGUCCACAGACACAAUUUUCGACAGGACAAGAGGUAUCACAUGACAGUAAAAACAUACAGUAAAUAUAGUAUAUUCCCAACACAUUUCCUUCACAAACUAUUUUAA